AUGGUGAUGCCACCGAGUCUCACUCGCGCCCUCCCCACCCCCGCCCGGACCCGCGGCCGCGGGAAGUCCGGGGGUGCCGGGAGGCGGCGGGGCUCCGCGUCGCGAGCACACACACCCCUGGCGGCCCGCACGCCGGCCUUUCACACCCGCGCACACUCGCGCCCGCGGGCGGCGGCCGUGCCCAGGCUGCUGCAGCGCCGCCCGCCGCAGCCCCUGCCGCGCCCGCCGCCCCGGUCACCCGGCCCCCGCCGCCCGGGCUUGCCGAGGGGCACGUCCCCGCCCCGACCGCCGCCGGAGGCUCGAGCCGGGCUCGCAGAUACUUCUGGCCGUGAGCAUUUGGCAGAAUCCGCGGACACGUGCCAGGGUCUUCCUAAAAGAUGGACAUCUGUCUGGCUUGCUUUUAUAAAUCACGCCCGCCUUUGCCUGUCGUGA